CAGUACAUGUUGCACCACAGGUACGGGCUGUUCUCAGGUUCAUAAGAUUAUCUCUGUAAUAAUCCAUCUCAGCUCUGUUAGCAGCUUUGUGUCUGACCACGGCAGGUAUAUAAACUGUAAGACUGGGGGAGAGCGCAGGACAGAGAGACUGCAAAAAGAAAGAGAACCUUCUCUUUGUUUUGCUGUUCUUCCUUUGCUCAGAGCUUCCAGGCAGCUUCUCUUCGCCCAUCCAAUUUCCCAGAAAAAAACAACACGCAGAUAUGAAUGCAGGAGCAGUAGCAGCAACCGGAGGCUCCAAGGCCGCUCCGCCCAAGUUCAAGCAGAAGGAGACCAGGCAGUUUAAGAGCAAGGCUCCCAAAGCUGGACAGAAGGGAUUUGAUGAUGUCCCUGGGAUGGAUGGCCUUGGAGACGCAGCGGUCAUCUGCCCCUGGGAGGCGUUUGGUGACAUGGAGCUGAGUGAUCUGGCCCAGUUUGGCAUCGUCUAGACCUUCAGCCAAAUGGAAACAGUUUAUUCCUGGUGGCUGCAAUCCAGCAGUUUUUUUUUUGUGCUCUCCUCGUGAGUUCUCCCCCUCAUUAGGCAGGGAGAUGAGCCUGAAUGGGUACCAUUUAAAGGCGGCUGAUGAGCGGAGGGAUUUUUUUUCUCUUCCCUUGUUAAGUGGAGGAAAAAGCUCUUGGACAGCAGCCCCCAAGAAUGACUCUUCUUCUGUCCUGGGCCAACACACCUCACUACCUGGAAGUUUUAGCAUCUCUCUGAGCUCUGUAUCUCUUUGAUUAGAUCUGAAUGAGAUUUCAGGAUGUCUCUGAUGGGAUCCUUGUCGUCCUGUGUAGCCCAGCACCUGUGUAAAAGUGUAACACACUGUACCUCUGCUAGAGUUUCAUUAACGGGAUGAUAGGUGAACGUCAGUCAACAACAAAAUCACUGAGGUCCAUGUAAAUAUUUGUUGUCUAUCUAUCUAUCUAUCUAUCUAUCUAUCUAUCACAUUAAGUAUAGCUGUGUACUGUGUGGCUAAUGCUUUAUGUCAUAUAAUAAAAUAUAUUUUAGUGACA